UCUGUCCUGUGACUUCCUGAUCCUCCUCCUUUGAUACACAUAAGGACAGGCCAGCAAAUCAGGGAGAUCAAAAUUUAUUUCUCAGAACAACUCUGCCUGCCCACAGGAAAGAUGAAGGUCUCUGCAGCUGCCCUCUCCUUCCUCAUUCUUGGUGCUUCCCUUGGAUCCCAGGCCCAGGUCAUACCCGAUCCAGAAACAAGAGAACUCUUGGAGAGAGAGCAUCCGUUUCAACCUCCACUAGUUAAUAAAGUCUUUAACUCUCCUGCUGACUGCUGCUUCUCAUAUAUUACACGAAGUAUCCGGUGUACAUUCAUGAAAGAUUAUUUUGAAACGAGCAGUGGGUGCUCACAGCCAGGUGUCAUCUUUCUCACCAACAAGGGGCAACAUGUCUGUGCCAAACCCAGUGAUCCAUCAGUUCAAGAGUGCAUGAAAAAACUGAAGCACAAUCCAUCAUCCUAGGAUCCAAGAAUUAUGAACCUUGCAUAAGAAGAAAGGACAGAAUGGCCAGCCAUCCCAUCCCCAAUUCUCUUGCCCAAGCACCUCCGGUGAAUUUUUUUGCCCAAACUACUUUUUAAAGAAAUUUUCUGUUCUGUUUUUUAGAAAAGUAAUGCAUCUAAUAAAGAGUAUUCAAUUUAA